UUACUGGUGCACGAGCACAUGUGACACGCCCAAACCUGCACGUUGGUCGUCUUGUUGCUGCGCUCGCGCUGUUUGCUGAUAGGGAAAAACCCAACUUCCUUGUUACCACAACAGCCGGCUCACAACUCCAUAAAGAAGCGUCUCGUCGCCACAUUUCAUUUCAUCAGCAGCGACAAACUCUUCACAUGGACACAUCAGCGGAAAGGCACAUUUAACAGCUCGUGUAGAUCUUUUGAGGUGGAAGGUGAGCGAGUUGAAGCUGAAGCGAUGAAUGCUGAUGUUGCUCUCUUCACAUCUGUACACCCGUGGAGUGAGACCUCCAACACCACCCGUCGGUACCUCCCAUACUCUGACACUUCUGCAUGGAUCGUCUCUUCACUCCUUCCGGCUCCAAACUCCUCCCGCCCCUCCUGUGAGAGAAUGUACGCCGGUGACCCCGACCCCUCCCAGGACCCCCAGCUCCUGGAGGCCCAGCUGGACUUCUUCCAUAAGCUCGGGUACUCCACGGAUCAGGUUCAGGCCGUUCAGCAGAAGUUCGGCCCCAACAUGGACACAGAUAAACUUCUUGGGGAGCUGGUGAGGAUCAGGGCCAGUCGAGAAGCCAGUCGGGGGGCCGAGCAGGGGCCGGUGACCACGAUUUCCGUGCUGGUACCCAGAGGGGACCUCCAGCUUGCGGGCCCCACCAUGCUGCUGCCUUUUACUGGAUCAUCUCCUCCGAGCAGAGAAGAGAGCAGUGAGGAUGGAGACGCUCUGAGACCCGUGGUUAUAGAUGGAAGCAACGUGGCCAUGAGUCACGGGAACAAGGAAGUGUUCUCUUGUCUGGGAAUCCAGCUGGCUGUGAACUUCUUUGCUGACAGAGGUCACACUGAAAUCACCGUCUUUGUUCCCUUGUGGAGGAAAGAGCAGCCCCGGCCAGAUGUUCCUAUCACAGAUCAGCACAUUCUGCGAGACCUGGAGAGCAGGAAGAUUCUGGUGUUCACGCCAUCGAGACGUGUUGCAGGCAAACGGGUGGUCUGUAAUGACGACUGCUUCAUCGUCAAGCUGGGCUACGAGUCUGACGGCAUCAUCGUGUCCAACGACAUGUACCGGGACCUUCAGGGAGAGAAGCCGGAGUGGAAGCGCUUCAUCGAGGAGAGGCUGCUCAUGUACUCCUUCGUUAAUAACAAGUUUAUGCCUCCUGAUGAUCCUCUGGGCCGCCGUGGACCGACCCUGGAGAACUUCCUGAGGAAGUUUCCAAAGACUCAGAAAAAACAGCUAUGCCCUUAUGGAAAUAAAUGCACUUAUGGGAUCAAAUGUAAAUUCCACCAUCCUGACCGAGCUAAACAGUCCAACCGCUCGGUUGCCGAUGAGCUUCGGGAGAACGCCAAGCACCCAUCCACCGCUCUCAAACAACCCUCAGCUCGCUCCAGUCCUGUGCCUGGACAGAGCCUAUCGCUGGUGGAGGAUAUGGCAAAGAAACUGACUCUGGGACAUGAGAGUGGCUCCUUAAAGAAAUCUCAUAAAAACGAACAGUUGAAGGCGAAUCAGCGCUCCAGUAAGAGGGCCACAUCUAGAAAGGAGAAGACCGGCCAGCACUCGUCUUCUGACCACGGCUCAGUGCGGCAGACUGGCUCUCAGGAGCAGCUGGACUCUGGUUUAGGCUCCAUAGACAUUCGGCCAGUGGAUGGCCCUCGGAGUGUGUGUGAUCACCAGUAUGGGCCGACAUACGGGAGCUCUCAGCACAGCUGCAGUGUGAGACAACAGUACUGUCUCCGGUGCAGCUGCUGCUCACAUGGCCCUUCACCUCGGGGGACAGGACCAGCUUUCCAGCACCAAAACCAGCAUUACAGCAUUCCAUACCCGACUCGUUACGGCAGCUACGGUGCAUACCCAGUCAGCAUGUCUGCGUACAGUCAGCCGACAGAUUUCCAGCACAGCAGAGUCCACGGCUGCCAGCAGCAGCAGCAGCAGCAGUACUGGUCCGAUCCGUUCGGGGCCCAUGCUCCGGGGUUCCACAGCCUGCCGGGGGAGAGCUCGCACUGGCAGCCUCCUCAGGGGACGAGUCCCGGCGGGGAGGAGAGAGACGUUGUCCGGAAGAAGCUCCUCGCUAUCUUCAGCGUCCAGUUAGUGGACACGGCCAUGGACAUGUUUCCUCAGCUGAUGGAUCCACAGAUGCUGGUUGCUGAGAUCCUCAAGCUGCAGAGUCAGAGCAGAAGAUGAAGUCCAGCGCCGGUCCAAACCCCACGUCUUUCUAUGGAACAACUGAAAAGAUAAACAUGAGUUUGUGUAUUUAUGUAUUGUGGUAUCCACCUUGCUGUAAACUGUAUUUGAAUAUUGAAUGUAUUUGAACGCCUCAUUGAACUGGAUAAAAUAAGAGGCAGUAUGCAGUUGAUACAAAUUGUAUCUUUAAUUUAAACAUGUGAAAGGAAAAAAGUGGAUUUUAAACUUGGACAAUCUAAUGCAUUCCAAUGCAACUGUUCUGCCAAAAAAUCUACUUUUAUUGUGCCUAUAUUAUGUCUUUUUGUGUCAUAUUGGCACUGUGCACAUUUAUGCUUUCGAAGCCAACUAUUGCAGAGGGUGGGUCAUGACGAAAAAAUAAUGUUGAGUUAUUGUGAUGCACAAUUAAUCAAGGCAAUACUUAGCAUAAAUAAUAAUUAACCUCACAGAAAUGAAAUUUAAAACUGAAAACUGGCUUUAUAAUCCUUUUUAUUCACAGUUUUGUAUAUUUAAUGUGUUUUUGGGAUACUUUUUCCAAAUUUCCUCACUAGAGCUUUAGUGGACAGUUGUCUGUGUUUUAGUUAUAGUUACUAUUGUACUAUUUUACUUAAGGACAAAUUCACAGAUGGUCCAUUGAGUGACAGACCUGGA